AUGUCCGCGUACGACGGAGACGCGGCUCACUGGCGCCGCGCCGCCACCGAGCGCCUCGCGGCGCUCGCGAAGCCGCCGGGUUCGCUCGGCGUGCUCGAGGACUGGGCCAUCACCCUGUGCGUGGCGCAAAGGACGCUCGCGCCGACCGCGGAGCCGGCGACCGUCGUCGUCUUCGCCGGCGACCACGGCGCCAAGCUCGCGGACGAGUCGCUGUCGCCGUACCCGGCGUCGGCGACGCAGGCCGUCUUCCGUGCGCUCGCCGCGGGCGUGUCCUGCACCGCGACGCUCGCGCGCGCCGCGAACGCGCAGCUCGUCGUCGUGGACGUCGGCGUCGCGGGAGACCUGAGCCGCGUCGAGGGCGUCGGCGACGUCGUCGUGGAGCACCGCAAGGUCGCUCGCGGCACGGCGGACUUCCGGAGCGGCGACGCGAUGGACGACGACGCGCUCGCGGCGGCGCUGCGAGCCGGCGGGGACGCGCUGACCGCCGCGGCGGCGCGCGGCGCGGUGUGCGUCGCCGUCGGCGAGGUCGGCAUCGGCAACACGACGGCCGCGGCGGCCCUGCUCGCGGCGCUGACGGGCGAGGACGCCGCGGUGUGCUGCGGCCGCGGCACGGGCCUCGACGACCAAGGCCUCGCGCACAAGGUCGACACCGUGCGACGCGCGCUCGCGUUCCACGGAGCCGGCCUCGCGCCCCGCGAGGCGCUCCGGCGCCUCGGCGGCUUCGAGAUCGCGGCCAUGGUCGGCGCCUACGCGGCCGCGCGCGCGGCGGGCGUCGUGACGCUCGUCGACGGGUCGAUUUCCGCCGUGGCGGCGCUCUGCGCGCGGAAGAUGUUCCCCGAAAGCCGCGACCGCAUGCUCUUCGCGGCGGCGCUCGCCGAGGAGCCCGGCGCGGCCGCGGGCGGCGCCAUCCUGGCGCGCGAGCUCGCCGCGAAGCCGGCGUUGGACAUGGCGCUGCGAUUAGGCGAGGCGAGCGGCGCCGUCCUGGCGCUCCCGCUCGCGCGAUCCGCCGCGGCGCUCCUGGGCGCGGGCACGCUCGCGGAGGCCAUGGCCCUAAGCGACGCCUAG